AUUAUCUCCCCAGCUGUUGUGACAUCACCACAGGAUCGACCACUCCGGUUCCGCUUCCCUGACGAUCCUCCUUGCAUCCACUCAGACCCUCAGCAGCAAAACCGAUUCGGUGUUACGGGCGAUCUCCCUUGACGUCAUCUUGCCCGGUGUGACGACACGAACGCGGUUGUAGCCUAGUUACCGCGCGAGGCCUCGAUCAGGAAGUGCAUUUGAGGAAAACAGAGAAACGGGAGGCAGAGAAUGACAUAGAGGGGGAGAGGUGGGAGAGAGAGUCUGACGGAGGGAAAGACACUGUUCUGGAUCUUAACGGAGCACUAACAUUCCCUCGUGAGAAGAAGACAUCACCACCACAAUGAUCAUUAAGGAAUUUCGAGUUAUUCUGCCCAUAUCAGUGGAAGAGUACCAGGUGGGUCAGCUGUACUCCGUAGCCGAGGCCAGUAAGAACGAGACAGGGGGAGGAGAGGGAGUGGAGGUGUUGAAGAAUGAACCAUACGAGAAGGAUGGGGAGAAGGGACAGUACACACACAAGAUAUACCACCUGCAGAGUAAGGUUCCAUCGUUCGUCAGAAUGCUAGCUCCAGCUUCGGCCCUUAACAUCCAUGAGAAGGCCUGGAACGCAUACCCAUACUGUCGCACAGUUAUCACUAAUGAGUACAUGAAAGAUAACUUCCUGAUCAAGAUUGAGACGUGGCAUAAAACUGACCUAGGACACCAGGAAAACGUCCAUGGUCUUGAUGCAGACACCUGGAAGAAGGUGGAUGUUGUUCACAUCGACAUCGCAGACCGCAGUCAGGUGGAUAGCAAGGACUACAAGCCGGAGGAGGACCCCUCUAAGUUUAAGUCAGUGAAGACUGGAAGAGGCCCACUUGGACCGGACUGGAAGAAGGAGCUCCCUAAGAAGACAGACUGCCCACACAUGUGUGCCUACAAAUUGGUGACAGUCAAGUUCAAGUGGUGGGGCCUGCAGAACAAAGUGGAGAACUUCAUCCAGAAGCAAGAGAAGCGUCUGUUCACCAACUUCCACCGUCAGCUGUUCUGCUGGAUCGACAAGUGGAUCGAACUCACCAUGGAGGACAUCCGUCGCAUGGAGGACGACACACGCAAAGAACUGGACGAGAUGAGGGUGAAGGAUCCAGUGAAAGGCAUGGUGGCUCUGGAAGACUGAUGAGGCUUGAGGCAGACAGACUGACUGACCCAGCUGCUGAUCAGAACUGUAAACCUGACAGACACCAACGGAUUCAACGCUCCUCCCCCACCUCCUCUUCCUCCUCUUCCUCUCUGUCAAACAGAGCUUCUCCGCCUCCCUGGCCCCGCCCCCCCCAGAUUGGUACAGUCUGCCAUUAAGACAGACAGUCAGUCCUAGUGUACAUAUCCACUAUAUAUAGUGUAUGGGGGGCAAUAAGGCCCAGCUGUGAGUGUGGAGAUGUAUUAUAGUAUAAACAGGGUUUUUAAAGCAUCAGUUCGUCUGUAUUAAAGGUUGUCAGUUUCUUUUCAGGACCAAAGCUGUAUUCUGAUCAGUGUUGUUUUGAUCUAGUUGUGACUGUUGUUUUUAAUUUGAUUGUUUUGUUUUCGAUGGGUCAUCCUGUCUUCUGAUUGGUUGAUCACCACACCUCCUCCUCUUCAUCUUCCAAUCACGUUAUUUUUUUUAUUCCCCUCUUCUUCAUAUCAACCAUUAAACAUCUGAUAGAUUGUGGCAACAAACAACAAAAAAAAAAAAGGUGCCAGGUAGGCGGACCUUAUACCUCACGGCCAAUAGAAUGGUUCAAAAGGGAGGAACGACGCCUAACCUGGCCUGCGGUUGGUGGAGGGUGAAGUUGCCCCUAUAAGCUGAUCUUGGGUCAGUUUUGCAGGUUCAAAUCCAAAUAAAACUUUAUUAGUCACUACACGCUUUGUAAACUACAGCUGUAGACUAACAGUGAAAUGCUUUCUUACUGGCCAUUUCCCAACAAUGCAGAAAGAGAAAUAUUUUUGAAAUAAUUGAAAAAUAAUAACACAAGGAAUAAAUACACAAUGAUUAAUGAUACCUUGGCUUUAUACACGGGGUACCGGUACCCAAUGGUAUAAAGUACUUAAGUAAAAAUACUUUAAAGUAUUACCUUUGGUUAUCUGUACAUUAAUUAAAUUAAUGUACGAUUUAUAUUUUUGACAACUUUUACUUUUACUUCACUACAUUCCUAAAGAAAAUAAUGUACUUUUUACUACCGUACAUUUUCUCUGACAUCCAAAAGUACUUGUUACAUUUUGAAUGCUCAGCAGGACAGGAAAAUGGUCUAAUUCACACAUUUAAAGGGGAAAAUCCCUGGUCAUCUCUACUGCAUCUGAUCUGGCAGACUCACUAAACACAAAUGCUUUGUUUGCAAAUUAUGAGUGUUGGAGUGUGCCCCUGGCUAUCUGUAAAUGAUGUCUGAGUGUUGGAGUGUUCCCCUGGCUAUCUGUAAAUGAUGUGUGAGUGUUGGAGUGUUCCCCUGGCUAUCUGUAAAUGAUGUGUGAGUGUUGGAGUGUUCCCCUGGCUAUCUGUAAAUUAUGUCUGAGUGUUGGAGUGUUCCCCUGGCUAUCUGUAAUGAUGUCUGAGUGUUGGAGUGUUCCCCUGGCUAUCUGUAAUGAUGUCUGGGUGUUGGGGUGUUCCCCUGGCUAUCUGUAAUGAUGUCUGAGUGUUGGGGUGUUCCCCUGGCUAUCUGUAAUGAUGUCUGAGUGUUGGAGUGUUCCCUUGGCUAUCUGUAAUGAUGUCUGGGUGUUGGGGUGUUCCCCUGGCUAUCUGUAAAUGAUGUGUGAGUGUUGGAGUGUUCCCCUGGCUAUCUGUAAUGAUGUCUGAGUGUUGGAGUGUUCCCUUGGCUAUCUGUAAUGAUGUCUGAGUGUUGGAGUGUUCCCUUGGCUAUCUGUAAUGAUGUCUGAGUGUUGGAGUGUUCCCCUGGCUAU